AUGGAGGUUCAGCAUUUCUUCCACGACCAUCCGUUGACCUUGACUCCGUACCGGACAUAUGAUCGCAUAAAUCCUAGAUGUUGUGGGUGUGGCGAAGUAAUAUUGGGCAUUAGUUACAGAUGCAGAAGGUGCAGGUUCUUCCUCCACAAAACAUGUGGCCAACAACCCCGCGAGUUGCAGCACCCAUUGCACCCUCAACAUCCUCUUCUUCUUCUCAGAGAAUGCCCAAAUCAUGACCGAUGUUAUUUCUGCAAUGAAUUUAUACUCAGUGGCUUCGCUUACAGUUGUUCUCACUGUAAGUUUAACCUUCAUCUUAUAUGCGCUUCUUAUCCAUUCACCGUAAAAGCUGAAUUUCACGACCACCCAUUGAACCUCCUGCGAAAAUCCCUUUCCUUCACCUGCGAUGCAUGUGGGGUAAAAGAUAAAGACGUGUCUUACUUAUGUCUCACAUGCCCACUCAUGGUCCACUUAAAAUGUGCUACCUUACCAUUGACCGUCAAACAUACAGGUCACCAUCACGCUCUCAACCUCACCGACUCUUCUCAUCAGCUAGAUCAUCGAAUUUGUCAUCUAUGUGUUACGAAGGUGGAGACUGACAGAGUUUAUUAUUGCUCAAAAUGCAAUUUCGUUGCCCACCUUGAUUGUGCUACCCGCGAGGGAUACACUGAGGAAAUAAAAAAUGAAGAUCCGGAACUUGAUGAAUCCAUUGACUCAUUAGCUUAUGUUGUUAGCAAGAUCAAGAUAGGAGGGAAUAAUAUUGAAAUAGCCGAAGAAAUCAAACAUUUAAGUCAUGUUCAUGACUUAAAGCUUACUGAAGAUCAACUGCUGAACAACGAAAAAUGUGACGGGUGUAUGCAUCCUAUAUUCCCUGAUUCGUCGUUUUACAGUUGUGCUCAAUGCAGAUUUUUUCUUCAUAAAACUUGUGUUGAGUUACCCAGAAAAAAGCAACACCCACUUCACCCCCACCUCCUCACCCUCCUCACAAAGGCACCUUAUGUUCUUAGCGGCUUCAUUUGUAAUGUUUGUGGUCGUACAUGUGAUGGCUUCACCUACCAUUGUGAGAAAUGCGAAUUUGAUGCAGAUGUCCAAUGUAGUUUGAUCUCAGACAUCUUUGCCCAUGACAGUCACAAGCACACGAUUUAUCUGUCAAGGGCACCCUAUAUGGAGAAGUGUACUUGUUGUGAUUAUGAAGGAAAAGUAUUUAGGUGUGCUGAUUGUGAAUUCAAUUUGGAUCUCAGAUGCGCUACACUGCCGCUUACCAUGAGGUACCGACACUUUGAAGAGCCGUUCAAACUGUGUUAUAAAGAUGAAGGUGAUUCUAAUUAUGAAUAUUAUUGUGAUGUUUGUGAAGAAAAACGAAAUCCAAAGCAUUUGUUUUAUUACUGUGCGGCUCUCUGUUUUUCUGCUCAUCCCAAAUGCGUUCUUGGAGAAUCCCCUUAA